AUGGGGACAUCGGUCAUUGAAUUGGGUCUACUCUGCUCCAGCCUGGCUCCAUCUUCCCUCUACCGUCAGCCGAUCCCGCACGGAGACUCAGAGGGCCGGAUCCGAACCCUGGAGACCCACGCACGUGGCCCUGCCGCGGCCCUCGCUUACUUGCAACGUGAGCCUCACGAGAUGCAGAGGAGCUCAGAGAUGAAGGUCGCGUGCUUGCUGCUCUUGGGGUUCGCGCUGAGGUUUGGGGCCACCGCGGUGAGGCUGGGAGAAGGCAGCUUUUGCUCUAAGAGCCAGGUGGCCUUCGGAGACGCGUGCUAUGAGUUUGUGCGGCUUGGACACACGUUCCGCGGGGCCCAGGGCUGGUGUGAAGGGCGGGGCGGCCAUCUGGUCUUCAUUCCAGACGAAGGCACCCAGCGGUUCCUUCAGACACACAUCUCCCAGGACAGAGAAUGGUGGAUUGGACUCACAGGAACCUCAGCACCCAAUGGGACCUCAGCAGGGGCCGGGACCUGGCUGGACACCUCAAACGUGAGCUACAGCCACUGGCAAGGCAGCCCCGCGGCCCCUGCGCCCCACAGCUGCGGCUACAUCGCGAGGGGCCCCUCCGCCGAGUGGGCAGUGUCGGAGGACUGCACCCAAGCCUUCGCCUUCAUCUGCCAGUUUGGGGUGGGCCAGAGCCUGGCCUGUGAGGGCCUCAACGCCACCUUGCACUGUGGCUCAGGGAAGGUCAUCUGGAUGCAGGAUGCCUUCUACGGACGGCAGACCCCCCAUUACUGCACCCGGGGCGCCCAGGGGCCCUCAGACCUGGAGGAGGAAUGUGGCUGGGCCAGUGUCAAGGAGGAAGUGGCAGACCAGUGCCAAGGGCUACAGGUGUGCCAGGUGGCUGCAGAUAGGACCUACUUUGGAGAGCUAUGCCCCACUCAGGGAAGCUACCUGUGGGUGCAGUACCGGUGCCAGGAAGGCCUGCAGCUGGUGCUGCCCCACGAGAGCUUCGUGUAUGACAACGUCACCCUCUCUCUGACGUGGCUCCUCUCUCCCUACGCUGGAAACCUGUCCUGCAUGCUUAGCAUGGGCGAUGGGUACACGUUGGAUCCCUACUAUCCUCCAAGUGUGUCCAGUAGUGUGAUCCACCAGUUCACAUCUCCGGGAGAAUUCACUGUGUUUGUUGAGUGCACUACGAGCGAGUGGCACGUGACAGCUCAGAAGCAAGUGACCCUCCGAGACAAGACGGGAAGGCUGAGCGUCACUGGUUGUGCUGGCCUGUUUCAGUCUGGAGCCAGCCCCGUCUGCCAGGCUGUCUUUGGGGAUCCUCUGUGGCUUCAGGUGGAGCUUGAUCGCGGAACCGAGGUGACUUAUACUGCACUUUGGGGUAAUGUGACUCUGGCUGAGUCAACCACCCAGAAGGGCUCCAUGCCCCACCACCUGACGCUGAGCAGAGAAACCCAGGCGCUGAUGGGCCCUGGGCUGCACCUGCUGGAGGUCCGGGCCGUCAGCCACAGCACCACCUCCGCACCUUCUGGAAACGUCACCGUGCGCCUCGUGGAGCUGCUGUCGGGGCUGCAGGCCUCCUGGGCCUCUGAUCGCAUGCAGCUGGGCCAGGACUUAGUGAUCAAUGUCUCAGUGGCCCGCGGCACUCCGCAGGAGCUCACCUUGGAGGUGGUGGGACUCGAUGUAGACUUUUCCCGGAAGGACCAACGUGCCGGAGAGCUCCCUGGGACUUACCAGGUGGCGCUUCCUGUCGCAGGUACCUUUCUGGUCACCGUGUUGGUGCGGAACACCUUCUCAAACGUGAGCUUGGAGAUGGGGAACGUCACUGUCACAGCCACGUCCAGUGUGCAAGAACCAUCUGGAAUGAAUUCUGGGGAAGAAAAGGGACGCAGAGCGGAUUUGGAGGUAUAUGUCAAGCCUGGUCUGUACGUGGACCCGUUCACCACAGUCACGUUGGGCUGGCCCGCUGGUGACGAGGACGUCCGCUUCCGCUGGUCCUGCGGGCACUGCUGGGAUCAGUGGAGCAACUGUGUUGAGAGGCAGCGGCUCGGCACAGCCCAGAGGGAACUGGCGAUCCCGCCAUCCUGCCUGCCACCGCCCGGGUCGGCCGUCACCUUGCGCCUGGCCAUUCUAAGGGGCCAGGAGUUCGAGAAGGAGACGGAGCAUUGCCUCUACGUGUCUGCCCCCCUGGAGCUCGAGCCCCGAGUCAGCUGUGAGCGGAACUGCCAGCGGGCGGAUGCGGGCGCGGAUGUGCUGCUCAGCGUCGCCCUGGGAAAGGCCGCCCCGGACGCCGCCUUCCGCUGGUACUUGGACAGCUCGUCCCCAGACAAGGCCGAGCCUCCCCCUGCUGCCUGCGGCCUCGCGGGGUUCCAGACCCGCGCUCUGACCCUUCUUCAGGAGGGCCCGUCCACCCUGCUGCUCAACGGCAGCUCCCUGAAGACCCGGGGACCGGUCGUCUGGAUCAGGGUCACGGCGCUGACCAGGCAGGCCUACGGGGAGGACACCUAUGUGAUUAGCUCUCUGCCUACACCCGAGGUGCCCACCUGCGCGAUUGCCCCAGAGGAGGGCACCGUGCUGACCAGCUUUGCCGUUCUCUGUACGGCCUCUGCAGGCCUGGAGCCCCUGGAGUACUGCUUCUGUCUAGAAUCAGGUUCCUGCCUGCACUGUGGCCCUGAACCAGCCCUUCCAUCUGUGUACCUACCGCUUGGAAAAGGCCACAAAGACUUUGUGCUGACAGUGAUCAUUUCUGUCACCAACCAGGCAGGGGACAGACAGCAGACCCAUGCAAUGGUGAAGGUGGGGCUCGGGGACACAGGUAUGGAGGAGGGGGCGUUCCAGGCUGCCAUGCUGGAAAGAGUCACCGCUGCUCUACAAGGCGAGCAUGGCCCUGAGCAACUUCUCCAGCUGGCCAGGUCUGUGUCCUCCAUGCUGAACCAAGAAGACCUAGGCCAGGACUCUGGGCAACUGCUAACAGCGGACACCAGACAGAAGGUCAGAGAACACGUCCUGCAGUCACUGUCCAUGGUCAUCGGCAGCCUAGAGGACAUGCAGAGUGUUCAGAGGCUGGCUGAGGUGCUGAGGGAGCUGACCAGCCUCCACGAAGAGCUCACACCCUCCUCCCAGUGGAUGGCUAGCCAGGCUCUGCAGCAGGCCAGUGAAGUCCUGUUGACAGCGAGUGCCAAGGCCCGUCCUGAGGACCAGAGGCGCCAGGCAGCCACCGGUGACUUGCUUUGGGCUGUGGGCAGUGUACUGGAAGCUUCUCUGAGCAACCAACCAGAAGAGCCCAUGGACACCAACAGCAGCCAGGUUGCUAGGCUAGCCCCGAUGCUCAAGGCUGUGGAGCGUGUGCAGACCUCCCUCCUGCUGGGGACACUUCCUGGGGGCCUUCCAGCCACCCUCGUCACGCCUUCCAUCUCCGUGUACACACACAGAAUACAGCCACGGACGUGGAGGGGCUCCUCCGUGCACAUCCCUGCCUCCGACUCCGCGGCUUUCACGCUGCCUGCCUCCUCCCUCUGCCCCACGCAGGAUGACAGCGAGCCUGUGGAUAUCAGGAUGAUGAGUUUCCCCAAGAGCCCCUUCCCAGCCAGAAGCCCAUUUGACAUCAGUGGGACUGUCGGUGGGCUCCUCGUGACCAGCCUCCGUGGACAGCCCAUCCCUGUGAAGAACCUGUCUGAGGAUAUUGAGAUCCUGCUGCCCCGACGUGCGGAAGGGCUGGGCGAGCCCGCGGUGCUGAGCCUGGCCCCUGGUGGGGCGCUGCGGGUGAACGUGACGGCCCGGGGAGCCGCGCUGGGGAUCCAGCUCCACGGGAGGCCCGCCCUCCCGCUCGUGCUCAGCCUCGGCUACGGCCACCACCCCGACGAGACCAGCUACCGCGCCCAAACUCACCUGCCGCCGGCAGCCGCUCCAGGCGAGCUGGCUACCUGGAUCCUGGGCCCCGCGGACCUGCCCUCUGGGGAGGGCAUCUACUAUGUGACUGUGGUCCCCGAGUACAGCCUGAAGCCAGACGCUGGCAAAGCCCUCACAGUUGGGGUCACCACCUUCCUGACCGGUUGUGUGUUCUGGGAUGAGGCCCAGGAGACUUGGGACAACUCGGGCUGCCAGGUGGGGCCACGGACCACCGCCUCCCAGACGCACUGCCUCUGCAACCACCUCACCUUCUUUGGGAGCACCUUCCUGGUGAUGCCCAAUACGGUCGAUGUCCGCCAGACGGCUGAACUCUUUGCCACCUUCGAGGAUAACCCCGUGGUCGUGAGCACCGUGGGCUGCCUCUGCCUGGUCUACGUGUUGGUGGUGAUCUGGGCAAGGAGGAAGGACGCGCAGGAUCAGGCCAAGAUGAAAGUCACAGUGCUGGAGGACAACGAUCCCUUUGCCCAGUACCACUACCUGGUGACAGUCUACACUGGACACCGGCGGGGAGCAGCGACAUCUUCAAAGGUGACUAUCACCCUGUAUGGCCUGGAUGGAGAAAGUGAACCCCACCACCUGUCAGACCCCGACUUCCCCGGGUUUGAGCGAGGAGGAGUGGAUGUCUUCCUGCUUUCCACCCCGUUCCCCCUGGGAGAACUGCAGAGCCUCAGGCUGUGGCAUGACAACUCGGGGGACCAGCCGUCCUGGUACGUGAGCCGGGUGCUGGUCUACGACCCCGCGGCGGACCAGAAGUGGUAUUUCCUCUGCAAUUCAUGGCUGUCCAUUGAUGUUGGAGACUGUGUUCUUGACAAGGUGUUUCCAGUGGCCACCGAGCAGGAUAGGAAGCAGUUCAGCCACCUGUUUUUCAUGAAAGCCUCCACGGGCUUCCAGGAAGGACACAUCUGGUAUUCCAUCUUCAGCCGCUCGGCUCGGAGCAGGUUCACCCGAGUGCAGAGGGUGUCCUGCUGCUUCUCCCUGCUCCUCUGCACCAUGCUGACCAGUAUCAUGUUCUGGGGUGUCCCCCGGGACCCUGCUGAGCAGAAGAUGGAUUUGGGCCAAAUUGAGUUCACUUGGCAGGAAGUGAUGGUCGGGCUGGAGAGCUCCGUGCUCAUGUUCCCCAUCAACCUCCUGAUCGUCCAGAUCUUCCGAAACGCCCGGCCCCGGCUCGCUGAGGGGCCGAACGCCGGGGACCAGGGCGGCAGGCCCGCUCGCCCCACUUCCUCGCCCCGGCCUGUCGGCGACGCCCCCGUGACUCCUGAGGAAGUGACCCAGGAUCUGAGGAGACUCGUCGGCUUACUGUUGAAAGCCCUGAAGGUGCCGCUGCCAGCUUCAGGCGGGAACUCCUCGAGCACGACCGGGCUCGAUGACCUGCUGGCCUUGGUGGAAGCCAUCGUUUGUCCAGAGGACACGGAAGGGCAGGAGCUCUGGGAGGAAGCCAAGAGGAGAAGGGUCCCGGUCACACUCACUCCUGGGUCUAUACGAGUAGAAGGAAAAACAAGGCACCUCAAGCCCAGGCUGGCUUUGCGUGGCAUCUGGAAGGACAGCACCUACAGGCGGUGUCUUUAUCUUCAGCUGGAGCACGUGGAGAAGGAGCUGCGGCUGGUGGGACCCAGGGCCUUCCCGCAGCACCGCAGCUAUGCCCGGGCUCUCGGGCAGCUGCAGGCCUUGAAGGGCUGUCUGGGAGGACAGCCGGGCCCCUGGGCCCCAGCAGGUACCAGAACUCCUCGGGCCAGCAGGCCCCUUCGAGGUCUGCCCUGGUGGUGCGUCCUGGUGGGCUGGCUCCUGGUGGCGGCCACCAGUGGGGUGGCCGCCUUCUUCACCAUGCUGUACGGCCUGCACUACGGCCACACCAGCUCCCUCAGGUGGCUCAUCUCCAUGGCUGUCUCCUUCGUGGAGAGCGUGUUCAUCACCCAGCCGCUGAAGGUGCUAGGCUUCGCUGCCUUCUUCGCCCUGGUCUUGAAGAGAGAGGAUGAGGAGGACAGUGAGGCCCCGCUGCGGGGACCUCUGCGUGGCCCAGACCCCUGUGCCGGGUUCCGAAUGCGCAGACGCAGCAGCAGAGACUACCAGCCCCCUCUCGCCGCCGCUGUUGAGAGGAUGAGAACCGCGCGCCGCAAGGAACAGAAGGCCUUUGCCCUCAUCCGAGAAAUCCUGGCAUACCUGGGCUUCCUGUGGAUGCUGUUGCUGGUGGCCUACGGGCAGAGGGACCCCAGUGCCUACCACCUCCACAGGCACCUUGAGCACAGCUUCACCCGAGGCUUCUCGGCUGUCCUGAGCUUCCAGGGCUUCUUUGAGUGGGCCAAUACUACCCUCAUGAACAACCUGUACGGUCCUCACCCAGGCUUUGUCACCGACGGGAACUCCCAGCUGGUUGGCAGUGCUCACCUCCGCCAAGUGAGGGUCCGGGAAAGUGCUUGCCUGCUGGCCCGGCACCUGCAGGCCUCCUUCGAUGGAUGCCACGCCCCCUAUUCCUUGGAUGUUGAAGACCUGGCCGACUAUGGGGAAGGCUGGAAAGCCUCUGCCCCCAACACCAGCAGUGACCUCCCCCGGGCGUGGCAGUACCAGAGCCAGAGCCAGCAUCGGGGCUACCCCACGUGGGGCAAACUCACAGUGUAUGGGGGAGGCGGCUACGUGGUCCCCCUGGGGACCGAUCGCCAAAACACAUCAAGAAUACUCCAGUACCUGUUUGACCACACCUGGCUGGACACCCUGACCAGGGCUGUGUUUGUGGAGUUCACUGUCUACAAUGCCAACGUUAACCUGUUCUGCAUCGUCACGCUCAUGCUGGAGGCCGGCGGUCUGGGAACGUUCUCCACACACGCAACCCUGCAGAGCCUGCGUCUGUACCCCUUCACCGACGGCUGGCACCCCUUCGUGGUGGCGGCUGAGCUCCUUUACUUUGUCUUCCUCUUCUACUACAUGGUGGUGCAGGGCAAGCUCAUGAGGAGGCUGAGAUGGGGCUAUUUCCGCAGCAAGUGGCACCUUCUGGAAUUGGCCAUCAUCCUGGCCAGCUGGAGUGCCCUGGCAGUGUUUGUGAAGAGGGCUGUGCUGGCGGAGCGUGACCUCCGGGACUACCGGGCGCACAGGGCAGGGGGGAUCAGUUUCGGUGAGGUGGCAGCGGCCGACGCCGCCCUCGGAUACAUCCUUGCCUUCCUGGUACUCCUGUCCACGGUGAAGCUCUGGCGUCUGCUCAGGCUGAAUCCCAAAAUGAGCAUGAUCACGUCGGCUCUCUGCCGGGCCUGGGGUGACAUGUCGGGCUUUAUCGCUGUCAUGGUUAUCAUGUUCCUGGCCUAUUCCAUCGCGUCAAACUUAAUAUUUGGAUGGCAACUCCGUUCCUACAAAAGCCUCUUCGAUGCAGCAGAAACACUGGUCAGCCUUCAGCUAGGGAUCUUCAACUAUGAGGAGGUCCUGGACUGCAGCCCUGUGCUUGGUUCCUUCCUCAUUGGGUCCUGCAUUGUGUUUAUGACGUUUGUGGUGCUGAAUCUCUUUAUCUCUGUCAUUCUGGUGGCCUUCAGUGAAGAGCAAAAACAAGCUCAGCUGUCAGAGGAAGGAGAGCUUGUGGAUCUGCUCGUGAUGAAGAUACUCAGUUUCCUGGGUGUUGGAUGUAAAAGGGAGCUGCCUCCGAGCAGUGAUGAGCAGCCCAAGUCACCCUUCAAGGAUCAGUCCACUCAGCCAGGACAAGCUUUGCCUGGGGUGUAA